AAUUUCCAAACGGCCCAUCAUCGGCCUGACAGGACAUCAAUUUACGGAUGUCGAUGACAUUACAGUAUUUUGCCCCAAUUCUAUUUUGAAUAAUAUAAAGAAAAUCGAUCCGGUUCGCGUGCCAUGCCCGAAAGCCAAGUUUUUCCAGAAAUAAUCGAUAUACCGUAAUUCCGUUCUGGAAAAUACCCUCUGUUUUAAACUAGUGAUUGUCGUGGAAAGGUCCAAGUGCGUCGUUUAAUAUUCUUCGCAUACUCAUUUAUACGGUGUACCAUAGCUGUGAAGUUGUUUUAUAGUUACUAAUCUAAUGACGAAAUAUCUAACUGGAGUAGUUGUAAUUAAGCUUAAUUAAAAUGUGCAAGUCUUGUAGCCACGAUGAUGGAAUUUAAGAAUUUUUUAUCGAAACCGAAAAACCCUGUCAACUUUUCUCCCGGUUAUUCAGAUGGACAAAGUUCUACAAGAAAAACGAGUGCUGAAAUUAUCAACGAAGCAAGAUUGGCCAUUAAAGAAUGUCAAAAUCCGGAAACAAGCUAUUCAUCUUCUGGAAUUAAGCCGCUACAGACUCAACGACCGUUCACUCCGCGAGAUAAAGAAAGACAUCUCUAUGGCAGCAAGAAAGCGAAAGGAGAUAGACCUCCGAGUUCUUUCAGCUUACGAUAUCUUCAAAAUGAAACCGACCUUCCAGUAACUCCCCCCGACAAAUCCUCAAAUUUAUUUACACCUCAUCAUGUAUCAAAGCACCCGCCCACGCCACGGAUUGACGAACUCAGAACUCACAAUCGCUCAAGCUCAUUGGGCGAACUUAACGGAAGCAUAUUCAACAUUGGGGUGAAAGAAACUUGCAAAAUCCGAUUGCCUUCUUUGGAUAAUAGGCUAUUGCAGAAGAGGAAGACCUUUCAGAACACCUCCUCACUUGAUAAUUUACCAGAAGAAUCGGAAAUUAAUAAUACAGAAAAAGCACAGGACACUAGAAAGGCGUUUAGUUCACCGCAGGAGCGUACGGAUUUUGAUCAAAGCGGAGACUUUAGUAAGCCGAUAACAAAGCAAUCUACCCUAUCGGAAUGUCUGCUUUUGGGACCGCAAAACCUGACCAAGAUCUUUGAUAAUAAGCAGAUUGUUGAACAUUCCGAAACCCUAUUUACUAGUACAGGUUACCUUACUAAUCAACUAAAUAAUUUGCACAAUAAACGGGGGAUCGCGACAGAUCCAGGUGGGUUAAAAGGGUGGGGAACGUUUGAGUCGCAUUUUAGCACUGUGGGCGUCACGAACGAUUUAAAACCAAGAACCAUAGACGACAUCCUUAAGAAUUUAAAUAAAAUAGACCUUCAAAACUAUGACGACGAAACUGUGAAAGCACUUCUGGAGGAACUGUACGAGUUUAUGGAAAACGACGGAAUGCUCAAUUCGAAAGUCAGUUCAAAGCUGAAAAUUGUUAUUUUGAAAAGCCUUUAUAGGUUUGUCGAGUCGAAAAAUGAACAGAUUCUGAUUAGCAUAGCUCAAGUUAUUUUGGCAAUUAAAGUGACUGGCAAUAAUCUCAGUGGGGUGUGCAAGCUGAUAUUUAAAAUAUCAAAAAAUGACCAUAAUGAUAACCUGUUUUUCAGAAAAAACCUUCUUGAAUUAUUUUUGGAUGCUCUUGGACGGUCAAGCCCCCUAGACGACGCAGAAGCAUGCGUAUACGCAUACGGGGCCCUUAAGUUCCUAACUAUGAACGGCCAGCUUUUGCAAAAAGUGGUGGAACUAGGCAUUUUGCCCUUAAUGGUUUUGCAUAUCAAGAUUAUAAAUAAUGCUAAACAAGAUAAAGCUCCUUUACCCAAGCAAACCAACCAUGUGCUGUUCCAACUUACUGGAGCCUUAAGAAACUUGGUAUCUGAGGAGCAUAUUUAUGACAGUUUUAUUUUCUGUGGAACUGUUUUUCAGGUUUGUCAAUCUUUGGAGCUAUUUUGUAAUGAUCAGGAUAUUGUUGCUAACAUAUCCAGAACCUUAAGCACCAUUUCAACUAAUGACGUUUGCUGCGAUAGUUUAGUUGAAAUCGACGGCAUUUAUAAGAUUUUUAUAAAACUUUUUGGUUUAUAUGAAACCAAUGAGGAAAUUAUUGUACGUUUAGCUUACACCUUGGGCAAUAUUGUUGCUAAAAUUGACAAUAGCAGAGUUAAGUUUUUCCAUGAGGAAAAUUCGAUCAACAGUUUACUAACCCUAUGGACAACGUACUUAGAAAGAACACUUCAAUUGUGUUCCUUAAAACUAGAAAAUCAAGAUGUUAACAAUGGAGCAAGCGAAGAUGUUAUGAUAAAGGUGAUAAGAGUGAUAGCAAAUGUGGUAAUUAAUCCAGAAAUAGGGCAAUUAUUAAAUGAGAAGUUUGGAAACAGAUUGAUUGAUGAAUUUUUAAAAGUCUUAAUAAGUAAUCCUUUUAAAAAGAAUCAGGAACUUGUGUUAUCGAUUCUGAGCACCUUAAAUAAUUUAUCUUAUUAUUAUUCAAGUGAUUUGGAACUGGAUGUCUUCCAUGUUAAACAGAUCGAUAUUGCUGAAGGUAUAAUGGAAUAUACCAGAUCCAGAAACAGCGAUUGUAUUAUCGAAACAAUGAGGAUUCUGGGAAAUUUAUCCAGAUCAAAAAUUACACGGAAUUAUAUUUCGGAAACUGAAAUUUUUAAUACAUUAAUCCAUUUGCUGGAUACUGAUGAACCUACUCUGCUUAAAACAACAAUAGGAGUGUUUGUUAAUUUGAUGUCAGAUAACAAAGCUCGUAAACUUUUUAAAAACAAAGCAGGGGUGUCAAAGUUGGUUGAAAUUCUCACUAAAUUUUGUGAAAACGAUUGGUCUCUUGGGAGUUUAAUAUGCCAAGUCUUGUGGAAUUACUGUAUUGACACUGUUGACCUCUAUGAACUGUUUAGCGAAGGAGAAAUCCAUCAGUUGUUGGUACUUCUUGCUGACCACUUGGAUGAAGAAAAACUUUUUGGGAUAGAUGAAGUGACAAGAGAGAUGGAAUUAUUUGUUACACAAGAAUAUCUGAUCUGGGAAGAGUUUGCUAAUGUUGCUACAAAUCUACUGGAGAAAAUUGAGUAUUUUCUUGAUACAUUUGAUCAAAUCCAGAUUGAAGAUAAUGAAAAAAGCCCAAGGCCUGUGACCAAGGAGUCUAGCACAAAUGUUAGCUACUCGGCAUGGUAGUAGGUGCUGACAAAUUAUUUAAUAAUAAUAUACUCUAUUUUAAAAUCUAUGUAGCAAAUUUAGAAUUAGGUAUACUUUUUGUAUUGAACCUGGAUAGUGUAGAAAAAGAUAUUGAUCUUAUAUUUAUAAUAUAUAUUACAAAUGAAAUAAAUUAUAUACCCUA